AUGGCGCUGUGGAUUAGAUUGAGACAGUCGAAGCUUAAUUUUCAUAUAUUCACGAGCGUACACAAGAGAUUCUUCACUGUAAAUCACGGUACAAUCCUUGCCAAUGAACACAUUAUUCCACACACAGAGAACCGGGCUUCAGGUCAACCCGAUUUAGCAGUACCGGGCGGGCUACUCGGGCCUCUAGGUGUCAGAUUCUACGCGAAACCUGCUCAGUCUUUUCAGAAGAAGGAAGAUGAUGACCCAAGUGGGCCGAGGUUGAAUGAGCAAAUCACAGCACCGAUGGUUAGGCUUGUUAGUGAUGAAGGUCACUGUGUGGUAUCGAGGUAUGAAGCAAUGACCCGUGCGAGAAACCUAAAGAUGGAUCUGGUUGAGGUUGAUAGACAUGCUAAGCCGCCUGUUUGCAAAAUUUUCGAUUUUCACAAAGAGAAGUACGAAAAAAAUGACCUGAAAAUGAAAGCUGAAUCUGUUAAGCGACUAAUGGAGAGUGGCUACAGAGUCAAGUGUACAGCAAUCGAUCCUACUGAAGGGUGUGACUUGCCAACAUUGUUAUCUCGUUUUACUGCUCUAAUUAAAGAUGUUGCCGUAGAGGAAAGUGAUCCCAAGGUCGAAAAGAAACAGGCUUUUGUCGUUGUGAGGCACAUCAAGUUUGGGCCCCUGAAAAAGGGCCCUGGAAAAAACAAAAAUCCUCCCUCUUCACAGAACGAAGACUCACAACCAGACAAAAAUGGGCCUGAAACUGCUCCCGUGGGCCCUGACAAUAUACUGAACCGGGAUGCUGGGCCCAAAAAAUCGUGGGCUGUUUUCGACAGAGAUGAUGAUAUCAACACAAUUUUUGACAUUAAUGAAGAAAGUUUUGUACUUGAACAACCAGCCGUUUUGAAUGUACCAUUAUCAUCAUCAUCAGCAGCAGGUAUAAAUCAAACAGGAAACAGAUAUGCAAGAGAUCCAACGGCUGGGAAGCCACCAAAGGCAAAUAAUACCGGGCCUCAAAUGAGCCCGAACCUGCCUCGUGAAUCUUUCAGGCAAGAUUCCUUCAGACCAAAUAUUUCCACUCCGCAAAACAAAAGCUACGGUAUUUUUAGCACGCCAAAAGUGAACAUCACGCCCAAUGAACAAAACCCACAAGCCGAUAAUAACAGGUACAAGAAAAGCAUUCCCCCUGGUUCGGGAAGAAAUCCAACAGGUAAUCCAAGGAUGAACAGAGGGCCCGGUGCUGCUCCAAGCUACCUUAGGUUCAGCCUUCGGCUCUCUUCUCAGAUAAAUUAUAAUUCUAUCGGGUGUAGCUUGGUUAGAAGUCUUGUUACUAUGGAUUUCGAUGAGAUUGAAUAUUUAGAGAAUACUGUUGAGAACCCAGAACUGAAGAAGGAUAAGUCCAACGGGGAUGAUAUGAUGCUUGAUUCUAAAGAGAAAGGUCGGGCUCGGAGUUCAAAGCACGCAAGUGAUGACGAUGAUGCAGAUGAUUUGGACCGCUCGUCAAAGCCUUCGAGGUCUAGGAAAGAGUCCGACGAUCGUGGGAAAUAUAGGAGUGAUGAUGAUGGUGAUGAUUUUGAACGCCGGUCUAAGCAGUCCAGGUCAAGGAGAGAAUCAGAUGACCAUGAGAAAGGUAAAAGGUCGAGAAAUGGCUCAUCGAAGGGUGAGAAGGAGAGGCACUCGGGUGGUCGGGAGCACAGAACCCGGGACAGGGAAGAUGGUAGUGGAAAGGAGAGAAAUAGGGACAGAGAUCGAGAUAGAGACAUGGAGAAGGAUAGUGACAGGAAAAGGGAGGGAAACAGAGACAGGAGAGAACGCGAACAUGAUAGAGAAAGGAACCGGGAGGAGGAAAGAGAGAGGUCAAAGAGAAGCAGAAGUCACUUGGAGAGGCAACACGAUGAACGGGGAAGAGAAAAAAGGGGGGACAUGGGAAGCAUGGAUAAAGAUAGUAGAGAAGGACGAAGGGAAAGAGAGUUUAGAGGCCGAGAUCACGAAAGCAGAAAAUACAAAGAAAAAAAGGAAGAUGCCGUGGAGUCGGCAGCUGAUCCUGAGAGAGAUCAGAGGACAGUCUUUGCUUAUCAGAUUACAUUGAAGGCAGGUGAACGAGAUGUCUAUGAAUUCUUCUCCAGAGUUGGCAAGGUGAGAGAUGUACAACUCAUAAUGGAUCGCAAUACCAGACGCUCCAAAGGAGUUGGGUACAUUGAGUUCUAUGAUGCAAUGUCAGUUCCUAUGGCGAUUGCUCUCUCUGGUCAGCCGCUUCUGGGUCAACCCGUCAUGGUCAAGCCAUCAGAAGCUGAAAAGAAUCUUGUUCAGCCUACUCCUGCUACAGCAGGGGGAGGUGUUGGUCCACAUUCAGCCGGAGCUAGAAAGCUAUAUGUUGGCAAUCUGCCUGUGACUAUCAAAGAAGAUCAACUUCGCCAGGUGUUCGAACCUUUUGGCACAAUUGAGCUGAUCCAAAUGCCCACUGACCCUGGGACUUCGUAUUGCAAAGGUUUUGCAUUUAUACAGUUUGCACGCCUCGAAGAUGCGAAGCUUGCUCAAAAUUUAAAUGGGCAACUGCAAAUUGCAGGUCGUCAAAUCAAGGUAGUGUCUGCUGUCACUGAUCAAGCUGGCAUGCAAGAUACUGGGGUCAAUGUUGCUGAUUUUGAUGAUGAUGAGGGCAAUGGCAUGUCCUUGAAUGCACAUUCUCGAGCACUUCUUAUGCAGAAGUUGGAUCGAACUGGGACUGCAUCAAGCAUCAUAGGUUCAUCAGCAGUGCCAGUUGUUGGGCAGACAUCUGUGGCGGUGCUUCCUGGCUUGGCAGCUGCAGGUCUUUCUAUGCCUAUUCCUAACGCUCCAUCUGUUGAUACUGUUGGUGUUCCCAGUGAAUGUUUAUUGCUAAAGAACAUGUUCGAUCCUAGUGUGGAGACAGAGCCAGAUUUUGAUCUGGAUAUAAAGGAAGAUUGCCAGGAGGAAUGUGCAAAGUAUGGGAAAUUAAAGCAUAUCUAUGUGGAAAAGAACUCGGCUGGAUUUGUAUACCUGCGGUUUGAGCAAACCCAAUCUGCUUUUAGUGCACAGCAAGGACUUCACGGUCGGUGGUUUGCUGGAAAAAUGAUAACUGCAACUUUCAUGUCUCCCCAGGAUUACGAGGCUAAAUUUCCAGAUAGCAGCUAA